ACUUAUUUUAAGUGCAAUUUUCCUGUCAUAACAUAGUAUACUGUAAUUAAUUUCAAUUGAAUUGUUGUUUCUAUAAAAUAUCACACAUUUCUAACACUAGUUAUAUGACUAAUAAUAUACUUUAAUUUAAUUGUAUUUAAUGUUUAAUAUAAUUAAACUUUUAAUUAAUAAUAGGAUUUUGAUUGCAAAUAAUAAUAAUCGACUAAUUGUUAACUCAUUGACUGUUUUGAGACCAAAAACCACUCAAAUCUCUAGACUAGUGAAGACAUUACUUCCGAAGCGAUCCAUUAAAUCAUUGCCAAAGAUAUCUUUGUUUGAUUACAAGUGGUCGCAGAGUUUCAGCACAAGUGGUAUACUUCAAGACCGCAGACAAGACAUGCCUCCCAUCAGUGAAGCGAAAGAUCACAACUAUGACUACGACCUGAUUGUUAUCGGCGGCGGUUCGGGUGGUUUGGCGGCCUCUAAGGAGGCGAUAAAGUACGGCAAGAAAGUGGCGGUUAUGGACUAUGUUGUGCCCACACCUCUCGGCACUACUUGGGGUUUGGGCGGGACGUGUGUUAACGUCGGAUGUAUUCCCAAGAAACUGAUGCAUACGUCGGCACUUAUAGGACAGACAUUGAAAGACGCGAUACAUUACGGGUGGAAAGUACCGGAAAAUAUACCGCACGACUGGAAUCAUAUGAAAGAUGAGGUCCAGAAUUACAUCCGAUCUCUUAAUUUUGGAUAUCGGGUACAACUGAGGGAACAAUCGGUUAAUUAUAUCAAUUCUUACGCGUCGUUUGUUGAUCCGCACAAAAUUAAGUGCAUCGAUAAGAAAGGCAACGAAUCUUUUCUAACGGCCGAUAAGUUUAUUAUAUCCACCGGAGAGAGACCUCGAUAUCCAACCGAUUGUGUCGGCGCUAAGGAGUUUGGCAUCACUUCUGAUGAUUUGUUUUCAAUGCCAUACAAUCCGGGAAAGACCUUAGUUGUUGGCGCCUCUUAUGUUGCCCUCGAAUGCGCCGGUUUUUUACGUGGCAUUGGUUUGGAUGUCACGGUUAUGGUUCGAUCGAUUUUAUUAAGAGGUUUUGAUCAGGAAAUGGCCGAAAAAGUGGGAGAAUUCAUGGCAUUUGAAGGAAUCAACUUUCUUCGCCCAUGUAUUCCAACAAAAAUUGAACGGAUAGAGGAGGGCUCACCCGGUAGACUACGAGUAACCGCAAAUAGGACUGACACUAAUGAAGAGAUUGUUGAGGAAUAUAAUACUGUAUUGUUUGCAAUCGGUCGCGACCCGUGUACUGACAAAAUUGGUCUCGAAAAUACUGGUGUUGUUAAAGAGAAAAAUGGAAAAAUCAAAACAGUCUCUGAAAAGACAAACAUUGACCACAUUUAUGCCGUCGGAGAUAUUUUGUAUGAAAAACUUGAGUUAACUCCAGUGGCCAUUGAAGCGGGCGUUUUAUUGGCUCGUCGCUUGUUUGCUAACAGUACAGUUGAGUGCGAUUAUCUGAACGUACCGACCACUGUAUUCACACCACUUGAAUAUGGGUGCUGUGGUUAUACUGAGGAACAGGCUGUUAAAGAGUUUGGUGAAGACAACAUUGAAGUUUAUCACCAAAAGUUUUGUCCUUUUGAGUGGCAAAAUGCAAGAGUGCCUCAGUUUGAACAUCGCAACCGAAACUCUUGUUUCGCCAAAAUUAUAUGUUUGCGAUCAGAAAAUGAACGUUUACUUGGAUUUCAUUAUUUAGGACCAAAUGCCGGUGAAGUGACUCAAUUGAUUGGAUUGCCUCUUAAGAUGAAAGCCACUAAAACUGAUUUGGACGGUCUAAUUGGUAUUCACCCGACUUGUGCUGAAGUUUUUACAUCAAUGGAUAUCACCAAACGUAGUGGUAUUGCACCGGACAUGAAAUCGUGUUGUGGUUGAGUUUACUAUCAAACGAGAAAUUUAAUAAUGAAAACUGCUGUUAUAUUUAAACUUUAUUUUAUUUCAAUAUAUUAUAUUUUGCUCAAUUUUUUUAUAAAUGGUGAUGGAUUUUAUUUU